GUGGGGCUGAGUCCCAGCAGGGGCUCAGCGCCACCCCGGACCCCUUUCUCCUCAGGCUCUUACUCCCUGUCAGUCCGCCUCAGCCGCCCUGCAUCCUGGGACCGAAUCAGACACUACAGGAUCCAGCGCCUUGACAAUGGCUGGCUGUACAUCUCACCGCGCCUCACCUUCCCCUCACUCCAGGCCCUGGUGGACCAUUACUCUGAGCUGGCGGAUGACAUCUGCUGCCUCCUCAAGGAGCCCUGUGUCCUGCAGAGGACUGGCCCGCUCCCUAGCAAGGAUACACCCCUACCUGUGACUGUACAGAGGACACCACUCAACUGGAAAGAGCUGGACAGCUCCCUCCUGUUUUCUGAAGUUGCCACAGGGGAGGAGUCUCUUCUCAUUGAGGGUCUCCGGGAGUCCCUCAGCUCCUACAUCAGCCUGAAUGAGGAGGCUGUCUCUUUGGAUGAUGCCUAGCCCCAAAAGAGAGGCCGAAAGGGAAACCAAGACUGCACACCUAGAACCCCAAUUCAGCCCAGCUACCUGAGCACCCCAGAGGCAAGGCUAUGCACUCAGUGAGGGAGGGCUGGGACACAGAGGUGCAUCCAGGGUCCCACCUGUACCCUUGCUCUUUCCUUUCUUGGCCCUAAGAAGUCACCUACCUCUUCCCAGUGCCAUGAUCCCACCUGCGACCUCUAGUCCAAAUGCAGAGAAGUUGGGACCAGGGCCAGGGUUCCAAAAAGAGAGUAAGCCUCCUGGGGGUCUGACCUAGUCAGUUCUUGAGUUUGUUUCUAGUACCAUCUGGAUGCUCUGCCUGCUGAGCCCUGUUCUACAUCCCCCUGUUAACCAGGCCCCACCCACAAGGUAGAAACAACCCCUAUCUUCUGUGACAAAAUCAUUUUCGGGAAAUUUACAAGUCUCGUUAAGACCACCACCGUACCUCAGAAGAUAGGACUGUGGCCUAGAAGGGAAAGGAAAAUGAGGAGAUGAUGUCUUACCGUAGCAACAGAUCAUAGGUGCUCCAGCCUCUACGUGACCUCCAGAGCAAAGAGAAAGACUUCUGACAGUCUAAGUCCUCAAAUGUCCCCCAUUGAGGACAACAGCCCCAGCUCUUUUUGUUCUGAGACGGAGUCUUGCUCUGUUGCCCAGGCUGGAGUGCAAUGGCGCGAUCUCAGCUCACUGCAACCUCCGUCUCCUGGAUUCAUACGAUUCUCCUGCCUCAGCCUCCAGAGUAGCUGGGAUUACAGGUGCACACCACCAUGCCUGGCUAAUUUUUUUCUAUUUUUAAUAGAGAUGGGGUUUCACCAUGUUGUCCAG